CCGAUCAGGUCAUGUGAUGUCUUUGUAGUUUCCGUUUCUCGUUACAUCCGGGUUGUUGUGUGACCGGCAGAAGGCGGCACCGGAGGGGAGAGCAGCACCUGUCGGAGAUACGAUGGACCGGUGACACUGUUGCUGAUUCUGGAUAUUUCCUUCAGUGGCCAAUAUGAGUAAACUACCCGGAGAUUUCCAUGCUGAUCUAGAGAGGAGCCUUCCUGCUAUUGCCUCUAUCAAUUCAUCAUUCAGCCAGAGCCUGUCCCCACAGUACUACCUGCAUCCAGAACAGCGCAGGGUCAUCUCUGAUGUACGCCGGACAUUCUGCCUUUUUGUCACAUUUGAUUUGCUUUUCAUAUCCCUUUUGUGGAUUAUUGAGCUCAAUACUAAUAAUGGAAUUAAGAAGAACUUGGAAAACGAGAUCAUCUAUUACAGUUUCAGCACCUCAUUCUUUGACAUAUUUCUUCUGGCAGUAUUCCGGUUCUCUGCUCUACUUCUUAGUUAUGCCAUUCUCCGUCUUCGGCACUGGUGGGCUAUAGCGGUCACAACCCUGGUUACCAGCGCAUUUCUAAUUGCCAAAGUUAUUAUGUCACAGCUCCUUUCCAAAGGGGCAUUUGGGUAUUUGCUGCCCAUUAUUUCUUUUGUGCUGGCAUGGCUGGAGACAUGGUUCCUGGAUUUCAAGGUCUUGACACAAGAAGCAGAGGAGGAUCGAUGGUAUCUGGCUGCUCAAGCUGCUGCUCUUCGUCCUGCUCUUCUGUACCCGGGGGCUACCUCUGACGGACAGUUUUACUCCCCACCAGAGUCAUUUGCAGGGUCAGAUGAUGAGUGUGAUGACGAUGAUGAAGCCGUGGGGAGGAAUGCUGUUACAUCACAAGAUCGGGAUUAUGUAAGGAAGGGAAAAGAGGCCAUGGAAAUUGUAGAGCAAAUAUUAGGACAGGAAGUCAACUGGAAGUUUGAAAAAAGCAACGAUCUUGGAGACGUUGUGUACACACUAGACAUUCCUUUUCAUGGAAAGACCUUUAUCUUGAAGGCGUUUAUUCAGUGCCCUGCAGAGAUUGUGUACCAAGAGGUAAUCCUACAACCUGAGAAAAUGGUUUUAUGGAACAGGACGGUGGCUGUAUGUCAGAUACUGCAGCGUGUGGAUGACAACACCCUUGUAUCAUAUGACGUGUCGUCUGGUGCAGCUGGUGGGGUGGUGUCUCCCAGGGAUUUCGUGAAUAUACGGCGGAUUGAGAGAAGAAAGGACCGAUACUUAUCAGCUGGUAUUGCAGGCACACACCAUGCCAGACCUCCACUUACAAAAUACGUACGGGGGGAGAAUGGACCAGGAGGUUUUGUCGUUCUGAAAAGUUCUCGAAACCCUUCUGUUUGUACGUUUAUUUGGAUCCUCAACACUGAUUUGAAGGGUCGCCUUCCUCGCUACCUCAUCUACCAGAGCCUGGCUGCCACCAUGUUUGAGUUCUGCAGCCACUUGCGCAAAAGAGUCAGGGAAGUUUACAGUGGAUCAACAUAGACUUUUCCUGCCAGUAGUCCUACGCUGUGCUGCCUCCUAGCUGCUGACUAAAGCAUUGACCCGGAAGCUGCUUUCUUCCCACUUAUCCUUUGUUGAACUUAACAGAAGGAAGGACCAUACCGCAUAACACAUGCAAUAUUCCCGGUGGCUACGGAAAACUCCUACUAGUCUUUCUGACGCAUCUGAUUAAGGAAAGUUGUUGGGCUUUUUCUGGUUGGUUUUUGAGGAAUGCUGAGGAACUUGGACAUACUUCUAUACCAAGUGAGAUCAUGUGUUAAGUGCUGAUGUUUGUUGCGCCCUGUUCCUGCCACAUCAGUCACUAUACAGUCAUACUGCAGAUGACCCUCUAUAGCGGAGAAUGCUGUAAGUGAAUAGCGUCUGAGCCACUAAUUAAGUUUUUAUUAUUAUAGAAAUGAAACUGACUGGCAGGGCUCCCUGUUUAUUUGGGGGCUUAGGAGUUGACCCUAUGCUGGGCAUGCAGGGUUAAUGUCUCCCAAAUUAAGUGACUUUAAUGGAUUGCAGAGAUCCAGUUUACAAAUCUGAAUGAGUUUGUACUGCUUGUCUCUCAUUGUUUGGCUGUAGUGAGUAAUGGAGGAUACCCCGGUCAAGUAAGUAGAGGGGAUGCACUGAAGAUUUGGCAAAACGGUUUGUUCACUAAAUAAUUUUCAUUGUUUUAACACCUUAUAUUCCAGUACAUGCAUUUGGUGAGGUGUUAACACAUCUUAAUGUUUUCUUUAGUUAGAAUCACCACUCCUAAAUAAUUUCACUUGUUUUUAUUCUGCAAAUUAUUAUAUUUUUCUCUUAUGUCAAAAUCAUGCAGUGCCUACCAGCCGUCUUAUUUUAUGUUACAGUUUCCAGCAUACCUCCCCAUACUGAGAGUUGUAGCGUAGUAGUGACUGUGAAAGUUUGUGUUCCACUGACCAGUCAGCCACCACAAGGUGCAGCGGGGGGUUUAUGAAAUGCCUGGCAUCUUAUCCGUCCUGAUCAAUGUUUUGUCAGAUUCAUUUAAAGAAGAUUCAGUCUUGCUAUGUUUUUCUAACGCAAUCUCAGACAUUUUUUGUUUUUCGAAAUUUUUAAAGAAAACCAAAAAAAAAAUCUUGAUAAAAACAUUUAAAUAAAA